GUCAACCUUUCGUAGGUGCUGUGGUUCCGCGUAUGUCAACUGUUAUUCAUUUCGUCGUGGUUCUGCUGCUCAGUGAAUGCUGGGCAAGGUCAUAUUUCAAAUAUCCAGUUUAUCAGUACAAACGUAAAGCGACAAACGAGCAGUUAUAUCAGAGAGCUACAGACAAUUGCACUGGCGUAUGUCCUGAUGACAAUAGGAUAUCCCCACUUGAACACAUUAAAUGCAUACGCCGUUGCUUAAGCCAAAGUUGUUACGAUCAGUUAUAUGGUUUUGAUGAGCUAGAAGAAGGAGAAAUAGACGUCAGACAAACCUCUUUCAAAGGCUGUGUGCUACAAAGACUUAAGGAGAAAGGUUAUCGCGUAAUUUAAGGUUCUAUAAUAUUUUUUUCAUCUUGCAGAUAUCAGAACUUAGCUGUAAAUUUUUAAUUGUCAACAUAUAACUUAUGUAACUCACUAAAUAUGAAUAUGUUAAUGUCGUAUUACGUUCAUGUCCAUCAGUAUUAAGCAAUAAAAUUGGAGAGGAGGGCUGUCCCACGUGAGAGGCAGUUUUACUUCGACAAAUUACAGACAAGUUAUGUUAGGAGGUAAAGGUAACCAUAUUUAUAUGAUCUUUGUCCUCUUCUCCAAAAAUGCUCGUUUAGUACAGUGGCCUCACAGUUCACACAUCGAAAUUAUGUAUACUAUACUAUGUAUACUACUCACGAUAUAUAUCUCUGCAGAGGUCUAGUCUCUCUUUGAAAGCGUCCACCAAUAGAGCUGUUACUACUGAAUCAGGUGAAGAGUUCCAGCCGUUGAUCACUCCGUGAGAGAAUCUAAACUCCAACCGUACUUUAUUCGACCUCGGUUUGAGCACCUUCUGGUGAGCCCGUAAAUGUAUCCUAGAGGGAGAGAAAAGAUUUGAAAGGUCAAUCCCUAAAUCACCCUUUAACAUACGAACCAUGAUGACAAAUUCAACGUCUCAUCAUCAUCAUACCCCCACAAACCCAACAAGUUCCAAUUCAGAAGAAGUGCUAGAUGAGUUAGUUCCAGCGUUGGUUCAAUGUUUCGGUGUUAUUUUCCUGGGAUAUCUUGCUGGCGUUGGAAAAUCCUUCCUGAAUCUCAAGCUAAAGGACUUGGUUCGUAUGUGACUAAAUUUGCUUUGCCUUCAGUAUUUUUCCGAGCUAUGGUGACAAUGAAUUUUGCUGGAGUUUGUUGGCUAUUCGUUUUAGCUGUAUCGAUUAGCAAACUUAUUGCCUUUUUAAUGGCAAUGAUAUUCACCUUUUUGAUUAGUCGACGUUGUCAUCUAGGCAUAGCUGCUAUUGUUGCAAUGUUUGUAUCACAGUCGAAUGAUGUGGCGUUAGCUUAUCCUAUACUGAAUGCUCUUUUCCCAGAUUUGGCUAGUUACGUGUACCUGUUCGCUCCUGUCCAGUUAGUUGUCCUUAAUCCCUUCGCCUAUUUCCUUUUGGAGCUGGAACGAGUUAAGUCGACUGAUGAAGAGUUGACCCCCUUGGUGGCUAGAGAUAGAAAAGAGAAGAAGAUCAAUGGACCAGGUCCUAGUUUAACACUUUCACGAAGCAGUAGAUUUCGUCAAUUUGCUAAGGUUCUCUUCAAUGUGCUCAAAAACCCGUUGUUCUUUAUGACUGUAAUUGGUGUCAUAUUUAAUUUCAUUCUAAAACAUCACCUGCCUAUAUAUCUGGAUACUUUGCUCAAAGUUAUCGCUGAUUCCUUUUGUGCCACCGCUUUAUUCUCACUUGGUUAUGGUAUGGUCGGAAAAAUGGCUACUAUUACACAAAGAGAAGGGUAUAUUUUAACAACUAUUCUAUUGACAAAACUUCUAGUUGUUCCCUUUAUUACACGUGAACUUGUUGUCCAACUGAUGCCUGCAUCGUUAACCAAUGAAACUCUGCGUUAUUCCACAUUUGGUUUCUUAUAUGGCACCACCCCAACAGCUCCACCCGUCUACUUAUUUGCAGCUGAAUAUCAAGUUAUUCCUGUGGCUAUCGGUAUUGGUCUUGUUUUGGGAACAUUUCUUUGUGCACCAAUCAUGUUCAUUUUUGCACAAAUUAUCACACUGUAUGCUGCAACACCAUCAGAUUAUGUAAAUAUCCUUGGCAAGACUGUGGAAGAUGUCUCCUGGAUAAGUAUUGUUUGUUGUCUGUGGACAUUGGGAAUAAUUUAUUUAGGUAAAAAAAUAAGUCGUGUGCCAAUUCGAUUCACAUUAGGCUAUUUAAUAUGCGUUCUUCUCUCCUGUACUGGUUUAUUACUUGGACGUUUAGUGCACAGUCGUUAUGAUGAUGCCGGAAAGAUUAUUGACGUUAAUCAAUCUGUACAUUGGUCAAAUUAUAUACAAUUUGUAAUACUUUAUUAUGGUUGUACGGGUACACGUUGUUGGACAACACUCAUUGCUGUGGUUCUGCUUAUGGAAAGAGUACGUAGUCUAUGCUUUGUGCUGCGACAUCAAAUGUACAUUUAUGCAGUUGGUGUUACAUUACCCGCUGUUAUCACUGUUAUACUGUUGUUAACUUCUCCGGGUCAAAUGAUGACAGAUAUAGAUCCAGUCUUUCAGUUUGGUACAAAUCAACUUAUUAUUUCACUAGUGGUAUUGGUACUCAAUGCAGCCAUCACUUUAGCAUGUCUGAUUGCCUUUAAACGAAUGGAGGCACCUGUUUACGAUUCGUAUGAGAUUACAGAUACAUCACAAACAGGCUAUGAAACAUCCAAUGGACAAUUUCAUCAAUUUCAUAAUGAGUUGAAUUCACCGGAUGAUGAAGUGACAAGUCAAAGGCGAAUAGGACAGUGUAAUUCAACAGCUGGCAACAGUAAUCCAACGGCUACUUCUGCCGCUGCUGCUUCUCUUGAGAGUUGUGCUUGUGCUGAUACACUGAACUAUUCCACAUUAUCCAAAUGUGAGACAAGUUGUUCAGGUGGAAAACGCCAAUCCGACCAACACCAACAUCAGCAACAAGAUGAACACGAACAAAAACAAUUUCGACAACAGAUAAUCAGACGGCAACCACCGCCUUGUAGUUAUGCUGGAUUCUGUGAUCGUUGUGAUAAAAGACAAAGGAAAGAGUGUGCAAAAAUUCUUGCGCGUUAUUGUGCAACCAAUCAACAGCAAUCCACUUCAUCCUCAACACCUCCAGUUUCAAGAAAUCAACAAAUACCUACAGGACCCUCUGAAUUGGAAGAUUUUCUUCUUCAAGAGAAUAAUGCCAAGCCCUUUCAUCACAAACAUGCUAUAUUCUUGAUAUUAACACUGGUGACAAUGUUCUUUGGUAUUUGUUUAUGCACUUGGCGUCUGGUCCACGAUGCUCCUACGGGUGUUUAUAUAGUUCUCGAGUUUUUGGAUGGUUCAUUACACUUUGGUCAAGGCGUAAUAUUAUUUGUGCUGUUCGGCUUGGAUACAGAAUUGUUUCUUCUACCAAUGAAACGUUUCUUUUCACGUUGGUAUCGUGAAUUUUCUGGAAAAUUCUUCCUUGGAAGAUUCUUGAAAUCUCCAUCUCAAGAUAAUAUUAAUAAUAAUGAAAUUAAUCGUAUAGUUAAUCAAUUUGUUAAAUUCCAUUUGGAAUCAUGCUCAAAGAGUAUAUGCCAUGGAAAAGUCAUUAAUUCGACUCACUAUGACAUGGUGUUUUAUCCUUCAGCUCUUGAAGAUUGGUUAAUUGCUUCAGGGUUAAUGCAUUCUCAUGAAGACGCCGCGCAUUACAUGAAAUGUCUUGAAUUGGGCAAUAUUAUAAGUAGUGUAUGCCUUAGUCCUCAUCGAACAACAACAACAACGACUGAGUCGCCGUCCUCAUCAUCCUCAGCAACAGGAUCAUCAAUGGAGGCACUCUGUGACUCUUGCCAACAACAUCUGUUAACAUUUACUAAUUAUGCAUGGAAUUUACAAAUUACAAGAUUUUAGAUCGGUGUGUGUGUGUGUGUGUGUUUGUCGUUUGUCAAUCAGCAAGGAGAGAGGUGGAGUACAAACGAAAGUGUACACUCCAUCCCUCCAUUACUUACUACUCCUCAUCUUCCAUUGUGUAAUACUCUUGUGUCGUGCGUUUUUUUUUUGUAAUUUUCCUUCGUUUACCUCCUUUCUUCACAUGGAGUUCUUUUGAGAAUUCGCUGUCACAUUUGUGAAGAAAAAACCCGCCUCUUCAAUUGAUGACAUCAUAAACAAAGAAACAAUGCGACUUACAACGAGAAAAUUUUCCUUCUUAUUUUUUGUAUUUGUCCGUUGUUUAUUAUUUUUGUCUUUCGUGUUUAUGAGUUUAUUUAUGUAUUGAUUUUUGUUUACAAGUUUUGUGUUGUUCUGUUGUUUGUUCGUUUGUGUGUGUGUGUGUGCGUGUGCGGUGGUUUCGUCGUUUGUGCUCACAAUUUUGUUAACUUUCCCUUCGUAUCACAUUAUUUUGUUAUGAUUGCGUUUCUAGUCUAUAAACCGGUUCAUAUUAUUGCUUAUUUUUUGUUGUUGGUGGUAUUGUUGUUGUUGUUCUGGCUUGUUCUGUAUGCCCAUCCGUGUCUGCGCCAUAAUUUUCUUCCAUCUGUGUCUAUCCAUCUAUCGAUAUAGUAGUGUAGUGUAGUGUAGUGAGUAUUAGUCACAUUUGCUUACUUACAUUUUUGUUUGGUAUAUAAUACAGUCAUGUGUGUGUACGCGUCGUCUGCUUUAACUUAAGCACCACUGAAAAAAUAUACAUUUAUGAAGUAAUCAAGUUCUGUUUGUUUUGGGUUUUUGGGAGCUAUCACGGACAGCUGUCUGUCGUCCAUCUACGCUGACCGAGUUUCAGCGUAGACACACCUGUACAGAUGUUUGACAGUUCAAAUUUCAAUGCUUCAUGUGGCAUAAAAAGGUAGAGGCAGAAGAAGGGAUCAUUUAAUAAUAAUUUACUUUAUUCUAAAACACACAGUACUUGUAAUACAGAAUAGAAUUCUCAGCAUUUGUCAAAAUACCCUGC